AUGUAUCCAUCUGGGGAUGUGACCUCUGCUCGUGGAGGGCCAUCAACAGAUAGUGGAGAUCCUGUGGUAACACUAGAUCAAGUUCUUCGGUGGAGUGAUGUGGAUUAUAGCUACUCGAAUGAGAAUGAAGACUCCGCCUUUCCAAAUUCAUACUUGCCCCAGAAUUUAACGUCUUCUUCUGUGGUGGAGAGUAGUGGAAAUGGGAUGGUGUCAAGGUUUCUUGUUGAUCAUGAAAUCAACAUGAAGAUAUAUCUAUGGAGGGGGCAUCCUUGGAAUCUCGAGGUGGAUGCAGUUGUUAACUCUACAAACGAGAACUUGGAUGAAGGGCACAGCAGUCCUUGUUUGCACUCUGCAGCUGGACCAGGUCUUGCAGAAGAAUGUGCCACUCUGGGUGGAUGUCGAACUGGUAUGGCAAAAAUUACUAAUGCAUAUGACCUUCCUGCAAGGAGAGUUAUACAUACUGUUGGUCCCAAGUAUGCAGCAAAAUAUCAUACUGCUGCAGAGAAUGCUCUGAGCCACUGCUAUAGCUCUUGCCUUGAAAUUCUCAUUGAAAGUGGGCUUCAAAGCAUUGCUAUGGGCUGUAUAUACACAGAGGCCAAAAAUUAUCCACGUGAACGAGCUGCUCAUGUUGCAAUUAGAACAGUGCGGCGGUUUCUUGACAAACAAAAAGAUAAAAUUUUUGCUGUUGUUUUUUGCACAAAUACACCAUCAGAUAUAGAGAUUUAUAAAAGAUUGCUUCCUCUUUAUUUUCCUCGGGAUAAACAUGAGGAGGAGGUGGCCAUUUCAAACCUUCCUGCAGAUGUUGGGGAUGAAAAUGGUGAAACAGUUAUUGAUGAACGUAAAAUCAGAAUAAAAGCUUUGCCAAAUGUGAAGAAGAAUGGUCCUAGAUCGCCCCAAGCCUCUUUUGAUCAACCUGUCAGUGAUGUUGGUUUAACAAGACGAAGCUCAUCCUAUUUGGAUUCAUAUUUGGAUCCUGUUUUCAUGUCACCGAUUAAGGAUCCAGAUGACCGAAACAAGGAACAGUGGGAAAAAACUGCUCAAGCACAAAGUAGCUGGAACUGUGCUGCUGCUAAAAUGCUUGGAUUGGGUGACCUUGGAGGACCUCAAUUAUCUGCUGCUGAGGAAUACUCGCUCCAUUCUAGAUAUCUUGCUAAGGCGAAUUCUCUUGAUCUUUCUGAGAUUGCAGAAAUGAAGAUUCUUUACCGCGGUGGGGUUGACAGUGAGGGCCGUCCAGUAAUGAUCAUUGUGGGAGCACAUUUACUGCUAAGAUGUCUCAAUCUGGAUCGAUUUGUGCUCUAUGUAAUAAAGGAGUUUGAACCCUUGAUACAAAAGCCUUUUACUAUUGUUUACUUCCACUCUGCAGCUUCUUUACAGCUGCAACCAGAUCUGGGAUGGAUGAGGAGAUUACAGCAAAUACUUGGUCGGAAACACCAGCGUAAUCUUCAUGCAAUAUAUGUCCUUCACCCAACUAUUGGACUGAAGGCUGCAAUUUUCGCUCUGCAACUGUUUGUCGAUAAUGUGGUGUGGGAAAAAGUGGUAUAUGUUGAUCGGCUUCGACGAUUAUUCAGAUAUGUUCCACGUGAGCAGCUAACCACCCCUGAUUUUGUGUUUCAGCACGAUUUUGAAGUGAAUGGAGGAAAGGACCUUAUGGUGGAUCACAGAACAAAAUAUGUAUACAACAACCACAAACAUGACAUUCAACAAUAGGGCAACGAGGGAGCAGAGUACUCAGGAUUGUAAUAUCUUCAUUCCAUCUCGCUUUAUCGUCUACGUAGAGGGAUCAAGGUUGAAACUGCUUCUUGUUAAUGCAGAAUGAGUAUCAUCCCAUCUAUUGUAAUUUUAUUUGUAAUUGUGAGUAAUAAUCUGUCUUCAAUCAUACACACAGACAAUUUUUUUAGAGGGUGGGUUUAUCGUGAGCAUUGUGCGAUGGGCCAUGUGUUUUUAUGGAAAUAUUUCGUUUCCUUGUUGUAAUAUGAUAUUCCUUGGCCAAGUUAUCAAUAAUACAGUCGGGACGUUUUUUACGAGUCUCGUGCAUUG